AUUUUUGAAUUAUUUUUAGAAAAUAAGAUUUUGUGCUGAAAGGGAUCACUUCUAGAAAAUGAUGCGCGCGCAUUUAGUAUUCCGUGUUUCUAAACAUGGCAGGUCGUAGUGGUUUUGACGAUGGAAAUCCGAGGGAUUAUGGAGGCAGCAGGAGGACGGCGGGCGGUCGCCCGUUGCCGACGGAGCCUCCUUACAAAGCCUAUGUUGGAAAUCUACCCUCUGGAAUCAUACAAGGAGACAUAAACAGAAUCUUUCCAGACCUAAACAUAAAAAAUGUGAGAUUGGUUAUGGAUAAAGAAACUGAUAGAUUCAAAGGCUUCUGCUAUGUGGAAUUUGAAUAUUUAGAAGAUUUGAUCAAAGCAAUCGAGAUGAAUGGUGCCCUAAAUGUAGAUGGUAACUAUAUCAAAAUUGAUGUGGCUGAAGAGAAAAGAAACGACAGAGGAGGCGGUUUCGACCGCGGGCGGCGGGAUGGCCGCGACGGCGGCGGCCGUGACGGCGGUCGCGACGGCGGCGGGCGCGGCGGGUUCCGGCGGGACGGCGGGCGUGGUACGUACGACCACUUCGAGGCCGCCGACCGACGCGGCCCGCCGCGCCACCAGGGUGGAGGGUUCACACAUGACCGCGAACGCGCGCCGCCCGGCGGUGCGGGCGAGCGGUGGAGCGAGCGGGGGUCGCGCGGGUCGAGCGAGGAGCCGCGCGGGCCGGGCGAGUGGGGCCGCAUGGGCCGCGCCGGCGGGGCCGCCAACCCGCCGCCCGCGCGCCCGCGCCGCAACUUUGAUGACAUGCCGCCCUCGCGACCAGACACAUCCGGCAGGCCGAAGCUAGUGCUGGAGCCGCGGACGGUGAAGGAGCCGGUGAACUCGCUCGCGGCGACGAGCCAGGCGUCGUCGAUAUUCGGCGGCGCGCGGCCGCGGGAGGAGCGGCUCAAGGAGCUCAAGAGCGAGUAGGCCCCACACAUCGUCUAAUGUAAGCCGACUCACCGACUGCCCUCGCGCGUUAAUAGUACAGAGAUAAAGCUUCAUACAUCCCCACGAGUCAAUAAGCUUCAUACAAACAUAUGAGUGGAUUAAUAGUACAGAUGCAAAGCUUCAUACAACAUGAGUGGAUUAAUAGUACAGAGACAAAGUUUCAUACAAACUCGAUACACGAGUCAAUAGUAGCUUUAUACAACAUGAGUGGAUAAAUGUAUGUACAUUUUGUAUGUACAAAGCUUUGUACAACCACAUGACUGGAUAAAUAGUACUACAGUAGUAGUAGCAGUAGUAUACAGAAGCAUUAUACAUCCAGAGAAUUGCCCCCCGCCCCCAAAUGGUACUCUUCUAAUAAAAAACAUCAUAAACUUUACAAAAUAACAAAAAAUCAACUUGUUGAUGUUUCAGUUGCAAGCUUGUAUAUAUUUACGGGAAAACGUGUUAUUUUAUUAUCAACUAGCUUUUCGCCUGCUUUGUCUAAAACCUAAUAAAUUUUAUACAAAAACCUUCCGCGGCAAUUACACUGUCUAUUAA